AUGUCUGACACCCAGAACGCAACCUCGCCCACCGCGGCUCCGGCCACCACCGAUGCGCCUGCCGCCAACGCGAUCAACACCAGUGUGCCUGCCGGCGGCGACGAGCAGACUCCCAACUCGGCCGUCCCAUCCACCGCGAACCCAAACUCCGCCUCGCUGUACGUCGGUGAGCUCGAUCCUUCCGUCACCGAAGCCAUGCUCUUCGAGCUCUUCUCCUCCAUCGGUCAGGUCGCAUCCAUCCGUGUCUGCCGUGAUGCCGUCACUCGUCGCUCGCUCGGCUACGCAUACGUCAACUACAACGUCGCCGGUGAUGGUGAGCGUGCGCUCGAGGAGCUGAACUACACCCUCAUCAAGGGCAAGCCAUGCCGCAUUAUGUGGUCGCAGCGCGACCCACUUCUGCGCAAGACCGGUCAGGGCAACGUCUUCAUCAAGAACUUGGACGCUGCCAUUGACAACAAGGCGCUCCACGACACCUUUGCCGCGUUCGGCAACAUUCUCUCCUGCAAGGUCGCCCAGGACGAGCACGCCAAUUCCAAGGGAUACGGCUUCGUGCACUACGAGACCGCAGAGGCCGCCAAUCAGGCCAUCAAGAGCGUCAACGGCAUGCUUCUCAACGAGAAGAAGGUGUUUGUCGGUCACCACAUUCCCAAGAAAGACCGCAUGAGCAAGUUUGAGGAAAUGAAGGCAAACUUCACCAACAUCUACGUGAAGAACAUUGACAGCGAGACCACCGACGAGGAGUUCCGUGAGAUGUUCGAGAAGUACGGAGAUAUCACCUCUGCCUCCCUCGCGCAUGACAAUGAGAGCGGCAAGACUCGUGGAUUCGGCUUUGUCAACUACAUCCGCCACGAGGACGCUUACAAGGCGGUUGAGGAGCUGAACGAUUCCGACUUCAAGGGACAGAAGUUGUAUGUUGGCCGUGCGCAGAAGAAGCACGAGCGUGAGGAGGAGCUCCGCCGUCAGUACGAGGCCCAGCGCCAGGAGAAGAGCGCCAAGUACAUGGGUGUCAACCUCUACGUCAAGAACUUGGCCGAUGAUAUUGACGAUGAGGAGCUUCGCAAGAUCUUCGAGCCAUAUGGUGCCAUCACUUCCGCCAAGGUCAUGCGCGACACUCUCCCUGCGGAUGGGACAGAGGAGAAGAAGGAGGAUGGCGAGGAGAAGAAGGAGGGCGAGUCUGAGGAGAAGGAUGGUGAGAAGAAGGAGGAGGACGUCAAGGAGGGUGAGAAGAAGGACGACGAUGUCGAGGACCUCUCCAAGAAGAUGGACACCGUUACCAUUGCAGGCGAGAAGAAGCUUCUCGGCAAGAGCAAGGGCUUCGGCUUUGUCUGCUUCUCCAACCCAGAUGAGGCUACCAAGGCCGUCACCGAGCUCAACCAGAAGAUGAUUCACAACAAGCCGCUUUACGUUGCUCUCGCGCAGCGUAAGGAGGUCCGCAAGAGUCAGCUCGAGGCGAGCAUCCAGGCCCGUAACCAGGUCCGCAUGCAGCAGCAGGGUGCUGCCGGUGUCGUCCCACCACAGUUCAUGCAGCCACAGAUGUUCAUGGGUCCUAACGGUCAGCCCAUGAUGAUGCAACCUGGUGGACGUGGUCAGAUGCCAUUCAUGCAAGCUCCUGGCGGUCCCGGCCAGCGCGGAGGCUUCCCAGGCAUGCCUCAGGGCGGCCGCGGCGGCCCAAUGCCCGGUAUGCCCCAGAUGCCAUACGGCUACCCACCUCAGAUGGGCGGCAUGCCUCCACAAUUCCAGAACCCCGCCGCAUACGCUCAGAUGAUGCAGGCUGCACAGGCUCAGGCCGCGCGUGGUGGCCAGGGUCGUGGUGGCCCAAUGCCAAUGAUGCCGGGAAUGCCCGGUAUGCCCGGAAUGCAGCCACCGAUGAUGGGUGGUCCAGGAGGUGCAGGCCGUGGCGGCUUCGGUGGUCCGCGUGGCGGUAUGAUGGGUACUGGCCCUGAGCAGGCGCGUGGCCGUGCUCCCAACCGUGGCCCAGGCCAAAUUGGUGCUGGCAUCGACAUGAACGCGCUCAACCAGGCCUCUGCUCCUCAGCAGAAGCAGAUGUUGGGUGAGGCUCUCUACCCGAAGAUUCACGCACAGCAGCCCGAGCUGGCCGGCAAGAUCACCGGUAUGCUUCUGGAGAUGGACAACGAGGAGCUCCUCAACCUCACCGGCAACGACCAGGCUCUUCGGGAGAAGGUUGACGAGGCACUCACUGUCUACGACGAGUACCUCAAGAACCACAACGGCCCAUCUGGCGAGGAGGGCGCUGCUCAGACCAACGGUGCCGAGAACCUCAACCCCACUGCGGAGGAGGUCAAGGACCCCGAGGCCUAG